AUGCAGGAGAAAGGAAGCUUGCAGUCAAGAUGGAGACAGCUAGUUGUUCCGCUGCCGUCGUGGGGAACGGGGAUACAGUGUCCCAGCGGGACCGCAGCCUGGUGCCUGAGCGGCUUCAGAGACGAGAACAAGAGAGGCAACUGGAGGUGGAAAGACGGAAGCAAAAGCGGCAGAACCAGGAGGUGGAGGAGGAAAACAGCGACUUUUUCGCUGCCGCCUUCGCUCGGGAGCGAGCAGCCGUGGAAGAGCUUCUGGAGCGCGGGGAGUCCAUCGAACGACUGGAAGAGGCGGCCGCUCGGCUUCAGGGGCUGCAGAAACUUCUUAAUGACUCGGUUUUAUUCCUGGCCGCCUACGAUGUGCGGCAGGGACAAGAAGCGCUAGCACGGCUGCAGGCGGCCCUGGCCGACAGGCGCCAGCAACUACAGCCCAAGAAGCGUUUCGCUUUUAAAACCCGGAGGAAAGAUGCUGCUUCGGCCACCAAAGUAGAUGCGGUUCCUGGCACCCCCUCGGCGGAAGGCAUCCCGGCCUCCCCGCCGCCUUUGAAGGAGGAGGAAGACUUCGGCUCCAGCUGGCUCUGCGGCUUUUCCAACCUAAAGUCCCAAGUCUUGGAGAAGAAAGCGGAGGAGUUGCACCAGCGAGACGUCCUUUUGACCGAACUGAGCAACUGUACGAUCAGACUGUAUGGCAAUCCCAACACCCUGCGGCUGACCAAGGCCCGGAGCUGCACGGUACUUUGCGGCCCGGUGACCACCUCUGUGUUUCUGGAUGACUGCAGUGAGUGCGUCCUGGCGGUGGCCUGCCAGCAGCUCCGAGUACACACUACGAGAGACACCCGCAUCUUCCUGCAGGUGACCAGCAGGGCCAUCGUGGAGGACUGCAGUGGGAUCCAGUUCGCCCCUUAUACCUGGAGCUACCCGGGGAUCGACAAGGACUUCGAGGGCUCUGGUUUAGAUAGAAGCAAAAAUAACUGGAACGACGUUGACGAUUUCAACUGGCUGGCCCGGGAUGUGCCCUCGCCAAACUGGAGUAUUCUUCCGGAAGAAGAGCGAAUGGUCCAGUGGGACUAAGCAGCUGCUACUCUUCACUCCUACCAAAUUCUUUCUGUGUGGGACUGACCUCAACAAAUGGGACCCCAAAGUUUACUUAUUGUUGUCACACAGUGUAUGUCUUGAAUAUUUAAGACUUGAAAUUGUGAUAGGCUCCUGUUUGUGAUUUCCAUUAAAUUCGUGACAGGUAUAACGCUUUAUUUUUGCUACUUGGGUAAUGUCUAGGAGCUGUUACUUGGCUACGAUAGUUUGAAGCCAUGGGGGGGAAAGAGUGUGGUUCUGUGUGUAUGUGGUUUUUUAAUUUGUGGUAUUUAAAACUUACUGCAUGAUAAAGCAGGCCUUCGAUAAAAUACCUGUUUAAUAAAUGAAUUCAGUAGGGCUCUAGCAGGAGCCAGUUAAUGUGGGGUUAGGGUAUCAAACUUGUGCAAAGUACCAUUAAUGAGAAUUUUUUGUAAUUGAAAUGUUGACUUCAAUAGGUAUUUCUCAGCAAGGCGCUCUUUGGAAAAGUUCUUCUUUGGUCUUCAGCUACACCUUAGCUUGGGCAUCUGGAAUCCAGCUAGUCAUUGACUAGUUUGGGUCCAAAAUUUGAGCUUGGACCCCCAGAGGCUCAUGAGCCUUCCCAACUGUAAAACCAACAUAAUUAUAGCUACCAACUUUUUGUGCAUUUAAAAUGAUAUAGACACUUUUCUGAGUACCUUACAUACACUUACUAAGUUCUCAAAAUCUUAGGAGGUAGGUUCUGUUAGCAGUAUUUUUCAAGUGAGGAAACAUAAGUAUGUUGCUUAAGGUCAUACAUGCUGGAUUGCAAUUUAAAACAGCUGGCUGGCUCCACGGCUCACUUUCUUAACCCACUACAAGAUAGCCAUUUUGAAUAGUGGUAAUUGAGUUGAAAGCAUCGAAAAUAGUUUAAAAGGGCAAAUUACUUUUUAAAAAUUUUCAGGAAUAGUUGUGCCACAUCCCCUCAUACAAGAAAAUCGAGGCAGACACCUCAGUCUUUUUUUAUUUAAAUGGUGUUAGAUACAACCAUGUGGUGUUAAGUAUAAUAUAUAACGUGAUAUUUAAUGGCAGGCUGAAGAGAAGAGGGCACAGAGAUGAAAUCUAGCUGUCUUAAUUUUUUCACUAAUUUGGCUAUAAUUCUCUGGUUACAAAUUUAGCUUUCUGCUCUAUAUACUACCAUUCAUUAUUUUUUCCUGUUAUAAAAAUACACUUUAUUUUUAUUAAAUUUAUUGGGGUGACAUUGGUUAAUAGGAUCCUAUAAGUUUCAUAUGUACAUUUCUGAUAUAAGAUCUGUAACUUGAACCGUGUGCCCACCACCCAAAGUCAGACCAGCUUCCAUCACCACAUACUAGGCUCCCUCCACCCCCUGCCUGCCCACCCUCUUCCCUCUGGUGACUACUACACUCGUCUGUGUCCGUGAGUUUCAGUUUUAUAUCCCACAUAUGAGUAAAAUAUGAUUCUUAGAUUUUUCUGACUGACAUUUUGCUUAGCGUAAUAUUCUUGAGGUCCAUCAUGUUGUCGCAAGUGGCAGUAAAUGAAAAGUUGGAAGAUUUUUAAAAGGUGUUUUUGGGUCUGGUUGCCUGUAACUAGUUGCUUUUUAUUUGAUCAUUGCCACAAGUGUUAUUGUACUUGAAAUACCUUAAGUUUUUAUGUUUAAUAUUUAUGUUCUAUCUUGUCCCAAAAAAAGGGAUUUGAAGUAGUCUGUAGGAUGUGUGAAAUGUAACAAGACAACAAAAACACAUGAGAAGGAGGAACAGGAUAAAGUCUCAAACCAUAGACAGAAAUGAGGCCGAUAAAAGUGUAGCCUGCUGAGCUCAAUUCCUUAGCCAGAGGUUAAUCCAGAUUUUUUUCCCCUCAACUAUUAUCCGACUUGAAAAAGAAUCCUAAUCAGUUUUACAACCUGCAACAUGCACAAAGAAGAGGGGGGAAAUAUCACUUGCUUAGAAGAAAUAAUCCUGGUAAUAAGAGAAACAUUUUCUAAUAAAAUUCUCAACCAUG